AAUUAUGUGAAAUAAGGAAGGCAAGCUUUAUAUCUGCUCAGAAUCCUGGAGUCUUUCUUACAGCUGAGAUAACUUUCUGCCUGUUGUUUUUCCGAAGGGAGCAAGUUUUUCUAUUUGUUUUUCCCCAGCAAGCAUACAUCGUGUACUUUGGGGUUGAAUUUGGAAUUUUUUUUUUUUUUUGGAAACUAGAUGAGUAUUGUCUUACGUAAUCCAGAUUGAAUAAAUACAAUUAUUAAUUUAACAUAAAUCUGGGAUUUUCCAACUUCUCACCCACAAAGCGAGUAUAGACAUCCCUGGAGUUGCAGCCCCGUCAGAAUGCAUGGCGACCGGCAUCACGCUGAGGAUAUUGAACAAAGUCCAGUAGAGCUGUUGCCCAGAAAUCCAUACUGUUCGAAUGAAAGAACCCACUGUGGUUGUAGAUUGCCCACGGGGACCCUCCAGCCGCAGUGGGUUACAGCAAAACCAUGGUCACUCUGGAAAACAUUUCUGGUGUGUCUCCUGGCCUGUCUAAUUGCCACAACACUUGUUGUUCUGGUCUUAUAUUUUGUCCACUUCAGCAAGCCCGUCAACAGUACAAACAUCACCAUUCACGCAGAUGGAAAGUCAAAUCGUGUCACCUGCAUCCCUGGUUCUACCCCAUCUCCUGCCUUAUCAACCCUGCCUGGAUCUCCUACCCCUUUGCCCAACCAAAGCUCCUCCGCCAAGGUGUCUCCAUCCCCCAUGGAGACCACUAAAACAACACUGGAGCAUGAAAUUAUCAUUGAAGACGAAAAAUGACAUUUUUGAGCCCUUAGCAUUCCUCCAGCAAGAUCAACACCCUCCCCCUGGAGGAGGCAUGUCCAGCGGUCCUCUCUUCCCUGCCAAGAGGUGACAAAGCAUUUGGUUUUAUGAGAGCUUGCCCUUUUUGCUCCAAUCAUUGGCUGAAUUCCCAUAUCGCAAUGACUCAGUCUUAGGCCCUCCAAUGUUCAAAUGAUUGCAAAAAGAUUUUUUUUUCAACUGAGCCCGAUUCAUUCAGGCUGGGGCCCAGAACUUCCUUUUUAAUCCCUCCUAUACAACCAACUUUAUUCUUCACAAAUGGUUUCCACUGAGGAAGAGGAUCCCACUUCACUUUGCUCCCUGCCUGUUGGCUCUUACGCCAGUGUUUACCAUCUAGCUAUUGCUUCUUUUACAAUCUCAUAUACUUCACUAUAUUCAGCAUUUGUAUUCCAGCGGGAAGAAGGAAAUGUUCAAUUAAAGUACUUAAGGAGCGGGUGGGAGGUUGGGGGGACCAGGUGGUGGGUAUUGGAGCGGGCACCGAUUGCAUGGAGCACUGGAUGUAGUACAAAAACAAUGAAUACUCUUACGCUGAAAAUAAAUUUAAAAAUUUAAAAAAAAAAAGUACUUAAUGAGCAAGAGUUUUUUAAAUACCUGUCGGGUAUUAGAGACUCAUUUCUCUUGUUGGGAAAUUCAGAAGAGAGAUUAGUGAAGUUAGGAAUAAUCAGGGAAGAUUUUGGAGAGAAACUAAGAGUUGAAAAAGAAUGAAAAAUUGGAUUUAGGUAGAGGUAAUUAAAAUAGAAAAUGAGAGGGUGAAAAAAGAAUUAAUAGAUUUAAAAUUAAAAGCACACUUAGAAACACUUAGAAACAUUCAAAUGUAAUGUAUUUUAUAUAUUUACAUUUUUUCAGUGAUAUUGUCAACAUCAUUUUCCACAUUUGAUAUUUUCCUUAAUAUCUAAAAUACCAGAAACUACUCCUUACAAAAUUUGAGCUCUAAAAUUGUUUUGUAUUUUGUACUAUAAUUUUGAGGGCACAUAUUGCUUGCGAUUUGCUACACGCAAGAUGUGUUCAAUAUUUAUAUUGAGUGUUUAAUAUUCACUGAAAGCGUAUACAUUUCAUUCUGGGAGAGACUUUAGAGUUAAAUGAACCUUUCCAUUCCACUCCCAACCUCUAAACUCUAUAAAAAUGGGAGACUGUCUCAGACAAGGAGGCUUCCUACCCAGACUCUGCCGCAUGAGAGGACACUAAAGCCUUGGUAUCCAGGUUCCAACUUCUGAUUGUAUUUUGCUCACUAUUAGAGGUUCUUUGUUUUCCUAAAGCAAAAGACUUUGUGUUCUAUAUAAUUUUAGAUUGAUUUACUGCAGUCAAUAAUAGGCUAUGUGAAUUGGAAUAAUAGACUUUGAGACCUUAUUGAACACUUAAGACUCCACAAAAGAAGGAUCGGAAAUAUGGUCAUUCCUUACAAAAUUGUUCUAUAUGGGCAGCUAGUUUUUAUUUGUCAGACACCAUGAGAUGUACAAAUUUGAGUCUUUAAAGAAUAAUUUUUAUACCACAAAUAUCAUUAAACUUAAGAACUUAUCAUUAAACUUAAGAAUGAUGAAAGUUGUUAUAUACAUUUUAGAAAAGAAAGAUCAGAAAGUUCUAGAUAAGGUUAAUAAACACAAGGGAGUAAAUAUGUAUGCAUGUUCCCCUAGUAUGAUCCUAAACUGAUCCAUUUCUAUUAUAGUUUUUAUUUAAAUGCCUAAGAACAAGAAAGACUAAAUUUUUAGGUUCAAAUGUACUUCCUAAUAUAAUUUGAAUUUCACUUUGUGGUUUAAAAGUAAAAAAAGCUUUUAAAAAAAGAGAUACUACAGAUGUGAUUUGGUAACAUGGUAACAUACCCCUUUAUGUUUAAGGAGAAUCUUAGCAAUGAGUUUCCUACAUUAAAUUUUGGGUUGGAGGAUAUUGUAAUUAAGUCAUCUGACAUCAUCAGGUUUCUGUGCUUUGUAAAAUAGAGAUGUAAAUGAGCUCUUGGAUUCUCUGUUCUGCUUUAGACUUUUAUGGUUUAAUAAAAUUUUCAAAUAGUAAACAGGGUUGUGGAAAAUAUGUUCACAAGUUAAAAUACAUCACUUGAACAAAAAUUUUAUGAAGUACUAUGAAAAUACUAAGUGAAGUAUGUAUAGACAAUAAAUAAGUAAUCACCCAGUUUUAAUGACUUAUUCAGCAAAUAUUAAAACCAUA